GCCAGCCAUGACUUACAAGCGCUCCCAUUUGUGAAGACCGACGAGACCGGUUCCAGGAAGCGCAUUUUGAAACUCUUUCAUGCGUAAACGGAGGCACUGGCUUGUUUACGAACAAUAGUUAUCGCGAGGACACAGAGCUAGCAUAAUAAAACUUGGUAUACUACGAUCAACAAAAUGACGACGCGGAAGCAGAUGCCCUCGAGUAUCCCUUUCGUUGUCAACCGAAAGCGAAAGCUUUGGAGAGCUGUGGCCACUGUGUUGAGUUUCUCAUCUUCCCUCACUACAACAUCAAGGACAUGGGCAACUACACACGUUAUAAAACUUGGGAGUACAACCUCAGCCCUGAACAAGGACGAUUCUCAAAAUGCUUCCACGACGGAACCAGAAGCGCAUCCACCACGGUCGCCAACGGAGGGAGUUCGGAACGAAACUUCUCCGCAGCCACAAGAGGAAGCGCAUUCUGCAAGAGGAGAACAACAAGACGAAACUGAAGAAAGGGUCGUCGUCGUGGACAAGCAGCCCACGACUGGGUCAGCACAGUCUUCAGAUAGUGCUGCUGAACCUGGACUCCCGAUAGAUGGGAUGCCCCAUAAUGGACACGCACAAAGUGGCUUUGCUGAAGGAUGGGUGCAAUCUGGACACGAGGAAUCUCCGCCCGAUGGAACUGCUUCGGCUCUGCAUGAUAGUCCAUUGAGUUUCUCGAAGCCAAGCCCGUCCUCGUCGAAGAACGUUUCAAACCAACAGCCACAACUCCAGCCGGAUAUGGCGAGCACCAGUUCCCUCGCUGUCCAACCGCCUGCGAGUGAAAAGCCCGGAGAGCACGGAGCUACUGACAAACACCAUGCUAUGAUACAUCUGCGUGGUCAAAUGUUGAGCAGUCUAGUGUUCUAGUACCGACGAAACAAAAACUGCAACUGCAUUU